AUGAUCCCCAUCGCAGACCGACCCCAUAAAGACACCCUGGUGCUCUUUGACGUUGACGGAACUCUGACCCCCGCGCGACUGGAGGUGUCCGACUCGAUGCGAGAGCUACUGGAAAAGACCCGAGAGAAGGUGGUGAUUGGAUUCGUGGGAGGCUCGGAUCUGGUGAAGCAGAAGGAGCAGCUCGGCAACAACGUGCUGGACAUGUUCGACUACUGCUUCUCGGAGAACGGCCUGACCGCCUACAAGGCCGGCAAGGAGCUCGCGUCGCAGUCGUUCAUUGGCUGGAUCGGCGACGAAAAGUACAACAAGCUGGUCAUCUGGAUCCUGCGAUACCUGGCGGACCUGGAUCUGCCCAAGCGACGAGGCACCUUCAUCGAGUUCCGAAACGGAAUGAUCAACGUGUCCCCCGUGGGCCGAAACGCCUCCAACGCCGAGCGAAACGAGUUUGAGCAGUACGACCUCAAGAACAAGAUCCGAGAGACCAUGGUCUCCAAGCUCAAGGAGGAGUUCAAGGACUACGGCCUCACCUACUCCAUCGGUGGCCAGAUCUCCUUUGACGUUUUCCCCACCGGCUGGGACAAGACCUACUGUCUGCAGCACGUGGCCAACGAGGGCUUCAAGGAAAUCCACUUUUUCGGAGACAAGACCUACAAGGGCGGCAACGAUUACGAGAUUUAUGAGGACUCUCGAACCAUUGGCCAUGCCGUCAAGUCUCCCGAGGAUACCGCCAAGAUUCUCAAGGAGCUCUUCUUCAAGGACUAG